ACUUAUUGUAAAAUUGUGUCUCAUAUAAUGACCCCUUUUUUUAAUUCUUCCUUCAUCUCCAUAGCUCCCAAUUACAAACAUGGAUUGGUCACAUUCCCUCAUGUUCUUGCCUUUUCUCAUUCUUUUUUCUUCUUCCAUUCAUGGCAUUCAUGGUGAUGCUAUGGUUAGUGGCACUGUCUUUUGUGACCAAUGCAAAGAUGGCCAACGAUCUCUCUUUGAUUAUCCCAUUUAUGGAAUCAAAGUGAAGAUGGAAUGUGCAAAUAGUAAUGGAGAAAUCACAAUGUCAAGAGAAGAGACAACAGAUUGGUUAGGUAACUAUGGAAUGAGAGUUGAUGGGAGUCCAGAUUUGAGCAAUUGUUAUGCAGAGGUUUCAAGCAAUGGUGAUGGUGGUGGAGGUUCAAAUGGCUGUGGUGUAGGAGCUGGUCCAGCACAAAAGCUGAGGCUAAUGUUUAGAAUGUUUGAUAUGGAAAUUUAUUCUGUGGACUCGUUGCUAACUCAGCCUUCUCAACCAAUGUCUUUUUGCCCCAACUCGUCUAAUAACCCGGUUCCUAAACCCGUAAGGCCGCCGGCUCCGGAGGUGUCUCCGGUGAUGCCGCCUCCGCGCUUCAAGGUUCCUACAUUGCCACCGCUACCUCCGUUGCCGCCUAUGCCGCCGGUGCCUUUCCUGGAAGCAUCUGCUUGUAGUCACAAGAAUUGGACAAUGCCGGAGUAUAAAUGCUACUGGAGAGCAAUAAACCCCGAAAUGAAAGUCGCGGUCGUGUUCGGUUUGGAAGCGGCCCGAAAAUACGGCACCGACAUGACAUUAUGGGAAGGACUCCAAGGAAGAAGUGACCCUUACAAGACUCUGCUACGAGAAGCCAUAACUGCACUCCUCAAUUCUUACAACAGUCUUCAAUUUCCUUACAAUGCAAUAACUGUGGUUACACGUUUCAAUUUGGCAUUAAUGGGUUCUCAGAGGACUGCUCUUCGUACUGCUCUUAGUUUCAUUAGGGCCAAUUCUGGUUAUAGCGGUCGCACCCCUUGCAAAUUCACUGCUUGCAACUGAUUUGUUCGGAUGAUGUUUAUUUAUUGCAUAAUUACGUUUGUAUUGUCAAUUUGAUGCUACUUGCUUCUUAUUUAUUGAAUUGUAAACUUGUAGUGUUAGUUUACAAACAAGUAUACUAAAUACAUAAAAACUUCUCCCUCUA